AUGAUUUUAAAAAUAAAAAGAUAUCCUACUUGUUGUCUUUUUAUCAUAAUCAUUAUUUUCCAAGCAUCUUUACAAAAUAGUACACCACGAAAAUAUAAAAUCGUCAAAACUUGUAAAUUUGAUAAUUUAGAUUACAAAAAUGUACUAGAAUUAAUUUGUAUUCAAUGUCAUGAAUUUUUUUCCUAUACUUCACCAAAUUUAAGAGCACAAUGCAGAACAAAUUGUUUUGAUAAUUCAAUUUUCAUUAAAUGUUUGAAUAUCUUUGAACCACAUAAUAUUAAAUAA